UUUGCCUGCUUUGCCUUCCUCCUUUUCUCUCAUUCUACAUCAGACGGAGAAGCUGCAAACAGGCUUGGAAGCAACAUCUUCAACUCUUCAACAAGAUAUCAUGGAAAAAGGCCAGGGACCUCCCUUUGAAAUGGCAGCACCGCCUUACCCCGGCCCCCCCAUGGGUCAUGCAGCCUACCCACCCCAGCCUGCUCAGCAUCCUUCCUACACGUACAGUCACCAGCAGCCUCAGGUGGUACAGCCUGCUCAGCAUCCUUCCUACAUGUACAGUCAACAGCAGUUUCAGGUGGUACAGCCUGUGAGCCAAGUGGUGGUGGUGCAGCAGCUACCCAAGGAUGUUCCUGGACAGAUGGUUUGUGCUCAUUGCCAUAACAGAGUUGUUACGAGAGUGGAGUACAAAAAUGGUUUGCUCACCUGGCUGAUCUGUGGCGUACUUGGACUUUUCCUGUGCUGGCCUUGCUGUUUCAUCCCCUUCUGCGUGGAUUCUGCUAAGGACGUGGAGCACUCCUGCCCAAAUUGUAACCAAGUCCUGCACAUCCACAAACGCAUGUGAAGCAGAGCUGCUGUUUAAACUCUGCUCAAGUAACAACAAAAGAGAUGAGUCAGCAUGACUAAACAAAACAUCUGUACAGGAGACAAGCCUUUCCAUGCAAACACACAGACAUCAUCAUGAGCUCUGAGCUAACUUCUAUCAAACACACAUCAUACUACCUAUGAUAUUCUGUACUGAGACUGUUUAAGAUAUCACAUCGUCAGAGCAGGGAUUUCUCUUUUUCUUUUAUCUGUUUAUUUUAAAUGGUCAGAGAUGUUGAGGAAAAAUAUACAAUUGUUGUUUCAUGA